AUACUGCAUUCCCAUCUCUGUCGUGCAACCAGUGACGGAAAGAUUCUACGCUGGACUUAAUGAGGCUCUAGUGAAUCGCGAUCGACCCCCUCUCUUGACCUGCAUGCCAAACGGAUGAGCUCGGCUACGAUUCAGUGACACCCAACUAGCUUGGUCAAGUGUACGUGGUGCAGACGCUCCACGACGUGUCGCAAACUUCAUCACCCAACUUCAUGGCCUCUUCCAUGCUUUUCGAGUCCACUUCUGGCUCACCGGAAACGGAUCGCCAUCUUCAAUUGGUACAGAGCGUGGAUUGGUCCGCGACAUCCAUAGGCGCAAUCGAUGAUUGGCCACCGGAACUCUUGCUUCUUUUUCAUCUAAUUAUCCUGGACCCACAACCUCGAUUGCUAUUGCUUGGUCCGGAUCACACAUUACUAUACAAUGAGGCCUAUGCUGAGCUUGUUGGCGAACGCCAUCCCGCAGCUCUUGGCCGUCCAAUUCGGGAAGCCUUCCCGGAAACAUAUUCCAUGACCUUGUCGAUUGUGGAUGAGGUCGUUUCUACUGGCAGAGCAUCUGUGGAAAAAGGCUUCUGCAUGCCUCUGAUGCGAGAUGGCCGUCUUCUGGAAAUUCACAUGUCCUGGAUCGUUGUGCCUUUUCCAAAGAAAAGCUCACUCACUGGCUUCUCUGUUAUCCUUCGCGAUGAAACAGAAAAACGCGUAUCGGAUAGACGACUCCAGACAUCUCACCAGUUGUCUAUGGCUCUGACUAUGGCUAGCGAUAUUUCAUCUUUGUGGGAGACUAUUCUUGGAAGCUUGAGAGACAGAGAUCAUGAUUGUCCAUUCGCCUUACUCUACGCUCCAGAACCGGAUGCGAAUGGCAAUGACGAAUUAUUCUUCCAAAUUCGGGGCUCGGUUGGCGAUUUUGAGAACAACCCGGUAGCGGCAAACGUGCUCAACUUGAGCGGCACCAGCAACGAUCGUCUAAACCAGAAACUGGGUGCAGCUCUAACUUCGGAGGAACCAAUUUUACUUGAAUCUGAAGAUGGCAGUCUUCCUAAAUCUUGGUCAAACGCAGCAUCCACCCGUGGUUGGAAGGAUGCUUGCACAGAAGCUGUAGUCAUUCCUUUACAAUCAAAUCGCUACCACAAGGUCAGAGCUUUGUUGGUUUUGGGUGUGGCUACAAGAUCAAGAUAUGACGUUGCAUACAAGAGCUGGGUCGAGGAGAUGAGACGAACCAUUGGAAACUCCAUUCACUCACUUAGGAAAAAGGAAAUGGCGGCUGUGGAGCUCGCCCAGCGAGAAAAGAAAGCCAACAACAUCAGUCUCCAAUACAACCAUCUCGUCAAAGUUAUGGAGUUGAGCGAUGUUGGUAUCUUUAGUUGCGACAAAAGCGGUAACUUGCUUCAAGCAAACGAGUCUUGGUACCGACUAUCUUCAUUUUCUCGUCAGGCAGAACCUGUGCCCGCAUUUGCCUGGCUGGAGUCAGUCUACGAUGAUGACAAGGCACUGGUCAUGUCCAACUGGAACAGCAUGCUUCAAGGAAAACCAGUCACUUAUCAAAUGAGGUGGAAACACCCAGAGCGGCCGGAAGGACGGUGGAUUUUGGCUGUCUGUCUUCCAGUCAUGGACGACCAAGGCAAGAUCAUAAGUAUAUCUGGAUGCACAACAGACAUCGAUGCACAGAAAAGAGUCGAAAACGAUGCUCUUCAAGCACUGCAAGCCCUCGAGCGCGCAAGUGCUAGCGAGCAACGAUUCCAGCACUUCAGCAAAAGCUCUCCGGUAGCUGUGCACAUUCUCGAGAUACCGAGCCGAGCGAUAAGUUUUUGCAACAUUGCCUGGUUUGACAUGCUGGGUAUCGAGGAGGUGCCGUUCGAUCAACUAGAUAUGAGUUGGACUGAUGGCAUCCUCGAGCAAGACUUGCCAUUGUUAAGGGAGUCGGUUCAAAAGAUUCUGACCACCCACGAGCCGCAGACAACGCAAUUCAGAUUCCGGAAAAUGUUCCUUAGUGGUGAUGGACAUCGAUAUCAGUCAUGGGGUUCGUCACAAUCUCAUGCGGAGUUGGACGAAAAUGGUGCAGUCAAGGCUAUCAUGACGACGACAACUGAUAUCUCACACUUGAAAUGGGCUGAAGAAGUGCAGCGCUCAAGAGUUGAAGAAGCUCUAGAGGCCAAACGUCAGAACGAGGUGUUCAUCGACAUGACCAGCCAGUAUAUCAGAAAUCCUCUUGGAGCAGUUGUGCAUUGUGCAGACGCAAUAGAUGAGUCACUCAUAGAGAUGAAGUCGAUCUUGGACAAGCUACAAUAUUCUGACGAAAAGGCUGGCAACCGCCUGGGUGAGCUGGUCGCAAGCAGCGCAGAGGCAGUCAACAUCAUCACAUCAUGCUCAAGUCACCAAAAACGAAUCGUCGACGACCUUCUGACACUAUCUAAACUUGACAGCAAUCUUCUGCAGAUAAAUCAGGCUCCAGUCCGUGCUACGAGUAUCCUGGACGAUAUGCGGCGCGUGUUCGAGAUUGAGGCUGGUCGCGCUGAAAUCGAGCUUCGAAUUCAAGCGGAUCCUUCGAUCAAGGCCAUGAACGUUGAUAAUGUCAUGCUUGAUACAGGACGUGUGCAUCAGAUCUUGAUUAACCUGAUAACCAACGCAUUGAAAUUUACCAAAGACAAACCGCAGCGACGAGUCACCAUCACUAUGGGUUCUUCGGAAAAGCGUCCUUCGGAUGGCAUACUUUCCUCCAUCGACUUCGCCUUACCACACACCCUCAGCGAUACCGUACGAGAAUCUGAAGCCGUAGCCUCGGGUCCAGAAACAUUCUUCAUCUGGUUCACAGUGUCGGACAGUGGUAGAGGCAUCAAACCAGAUGAGAAGACCAAACUCUUCUCUCGCUUCCAACAAGCCUCUCCACGCACCUACUCGAAAUACGGCGGCUCUGGACUAGGCCUCUUCAUCUCCAGGGAAUUAGCAGAACUCCAAGGCGGCGAAAUCGGCAUCGCCAGUGAACUCGAUGUGGGCUCAACAUUUGCGUUCUUCGUAAAAACACAACCAGCUGCUCCUCCGAUAGACCAACGGUUAAAAAAUGACAUUGCAAUACGUCCUCGCAGUGGAUCUGCACAAACCAGUUUCAGCAAUGAAAUCGUCCAGAUCCACGUCCUGGUCGCCGAAGACAACCCAACGAAUCAAAAAGUACUGAAACGCCAACUCACCAAUAAAGGCUACAUCGUCUGGACCGCCGACAACGGCCAAGAAGCCGUAGACUUUCUCCGCCAAACCCGUUAUUGGAGUGCACCUUCCUCCACCUCCUCUGUCCCCUCUUCACCUUCCACAGCACAAGAAAAAGCCCUCCACGUAAUCCUCAUGGACACGGAAAUGCCCAUCAUGGACGGCCUCACCGCGGCCAGGAGAAUCCGCCAGAUGCAGAGAGAUGGACUAUUGAAAGGACAUGUGCCUAUUCUCAGUGUUUCUGCCAAUGCGAGACCCGAACAGACGAGUAUGGCUAUGGAUGCUGGGAUGGACGAUUCCAUUUCCAAGCCUUUUAGAAUUGCGGAUUUGACGCCGAAGAUUGAUAGAUUGGCGGAUAUGGCGUAUGCUGGGUAGUGUGGUUGGAGGGGUCAGAUGAGGGGGAGGGUGUUGGGAGGGGUUUGGAGGCUGAGAUUGCGUGGAGUUUGGAGGGGAAAGAAUGGAUGUGCAUAGUGAAAUAUAUGGAGGGGCAGAUCUGAUGCAUAUAGAAGGGUUGAUAUAUGGGAGGGGGAGGUAUUAUGAAGUAUAGUGGCAUGUUUAGAAGUAUUAUAGCCUUUGUUUUUGUG